CAUUGCCAAGCAGUUUCAUUGCACGACGUCAAUCCAUCCCAUCUCGUGUUUUCUGCACAGACAAGAUUGCAAGAUGGCUCGCGGUCCGAGAAAGCACCUGAAGCGCCUGGCGGCUCCGUCGUCAUGGAUGCUUGACAAGCUGUCGGGCACGUACGCGCCGAGGCCGUCGCCAGGCCCACACAAGCUCCGUGAGAGCCUUCCCCUCAUUGUUCUCCUCCGCAACCGCUUAAAGUACGCUUUGAACGGGCGUGAGGUCACCACCAUCUGCGCACAGCGACUGAUCAAAGUCGACGGCAAGGUCCGCACCGACACGUGCUACCCGACCGGGUUCCAGGACGUCGUCUCGAUUGAGAAGUCCGGCGAGCACUUCCGCAUCCUGUACGAUGUCAAGGGCCGCUUUGUUGUCCACCGCAUCACCCCUGAGGAGGCUUCGUACAAGCUACUCAAGGUCAAGAAGAUCCAGCUCGGCUCCAAGGGCGUGCCACACAUUGUCACUCACGACGGUCGCACGAUCCGCUACCCGGACCCAGUGAUUCGCGCCGGUGACACAGUCAAGUACAGCAUCGAGGAGAACAAACUUCUGGAGCACAUCAAGUUCGACACGGGCGCGUCCGUCAUGAUCACUGGCGGCCGUAACCAGGGUCGUGCAGGCAUCAUCACCGGGCGUGAGAGGCACCCGGGCGGCUUCGACAUUGUCCACGUUCGCGACCCGCUCGGCCGGGAGUUCAGCACGCGUGUCGGCAACAUCUUCGUUACCGGCACUGACGGAAAGCACUGGAUCUCCGUCCCCCGCGGCGGCGGUGUCAAGCUGACCAUCACCGAGGAGCGUGACCAGAGGAGGAAGCAGAAGGAGUCUGCUGCGGGCAACUAAGCUGCUUGACUUGGAUUUUUGCUCGCAAGCGCAGCGGCGCUCAAUACAGGGCAGGAGGCAGUCCGUUUGAGUGAUGUCUGCAGGCUGGAUGGGAGAAGGAGCAAAGGGCGAGAGUUAAUCGCACUUCCAUCCGCUUACCAGCCUGUGCACGCCGGCCACGCUCGCUCAAUCGAUGGGAGGAGCGUCAGGAUCGAAGGCAGCGCUCGUCCGCCGCAUCCCUAUCACCACCACCUUGUGGUACUGUGUAUUGUCUGACUGUAUGCAGUUCUCACUCUCCAUGUCUCCUUGUAACAAAAUGGCAUUUCAUACUAUGACCCGCCUUGUGAC